AAGGGCGGCAGCUUCGCCGUGGCUUCACUUUCGUAAGGGGCAUGCGCAGGGAGCUGGUCGCAUGCUUACUAGGCCGGCGUUCAGGGUAGCGCGUGCGCAGAAGGCUCUCUCCUCCUGGCCGAGCGGGGGGGGGAGAAGGAGGCGACAGCAGCCGGGAGCCGCCCGUCUGCCCUGCGGCGUGUGAAGCGCCUAUGGGGCCCUGAGGAAGCCGCUGGCAGCGCAGAAGGCCGUCGCUCAAGGGCGCGGGGCUGGAGGAUGGAGAACCAGGCGGCCCCGGCCCCGGGCGCGGGGGGCGCGGGCGAGGACACCCCGGGCUCCGGCAGGGCGAACCUCAAGCGCAGCGGGCGCGCCGCGGAGGAGGAGAGCAGGAACAAGCCCAAGCUGAACAUUCAAAUAAAAACUUUGGCAGAUGAUGUGCGUGAUAGAUUAACAAGUUUUAGAAAAUCAGCUGUAAAAAAAGAGAAACCUCUCAUUCAGCACCCUGAUUCUCAAGCCUCUAUGAGUGAAUUUCCAGUUGCUCAACCAUUGUUUGAUGAACGUUGUAUGAAUUUAUCAGAAAAAGAAGUUAUGGAUCUCUUUGAAAAAAUGAUGGAAGACAUGAACUUAAAUGAAGAACGUAAAGCUCCUUUACGAAAUAAGGACUUGACCACGAAACGUGAGAUGGUUGGCCAGUACAUUUCUGCAACUGCUAAAUCUAUAGUUGGAAGUAAAGUUGUGGGAGGAUUGAAAAAUAGCAAGCAUGAGUGCACACUAUCUUCACAAGAAUAUGUCCAUGAAUUGCGAUCUGGUAUCACAGAAGAAAAACUUCUUAACUGCCUAGAGUCUCUCAGAGUGUCUUUAACCAGCAAUCCAGUCAGCUGGGUCAACAAUUUUGGACAUGAAGGUCUUGGGCUUCUGUUGGAUGUACUGGAAAGGCUUCUGGACAAGAAACAGCAAGAAAGUAUUGACAAGAAGAAUCAGCAUAAGCUUAUUCAGUGCCUCAAAGCAUUUAUGAAUAAUAAGUACGGAUUGCAAAGGAUUCUGGGAGAUGAAAGAAGUCUUUUGUUACUAGCAAGAGCAAUUGAUCCAAAGCAACCAAACAUGAUGACGGAAACAGUAAAAAUACUUUCUGCCAUUUGUAUUGUUGGAGAGGAAAAUAUUCUAGACAAACUUUUAGGAGCUAUAACGACUGCAUCUGAGAGAAAUAACAGAGAACGUUUUUCUCCAGUUGUGGAAGGAUUGGAGAACCAUGAAGCUUUGCAGUUGCAGGUGGCCUGCAUGCAGUUUAUAAAUGCCCUUGUCACUUCCCCAGAAGAUCUUGAUUUUAGAAUACACUUGAGAAAUGAAUUCCUACGCUGUGGACUGAAGAAAAUAUUGCCAGACCUAAAAGAGAAAGAAAAUGAAGAACUAGAUAUUCAGUUGAAAGUGUUUGAUGAAAACAAAGAAGAAGACUUAAUUGAAUUGUCACAUCGUCUCAAUGACAUCAAAGCUGAAAUGGAUGAUAUGAAUGAAGUAUACCAUCUGCUUUAUAACAUGCUGAAGGACACAGCUUCUGCAAACUAUUUCCUCUCAAUAUUGCAACACUUACUACUGGUCAGGAAUGAUUAUUACGUCAGAACUCAGUAUUACAAGAUAAUAGAAGAAUGCAUUUCACAGAUAGUACUGCACUGCAGUGGUAUCGACCCGGAUUUUAAAUGUAGAGGAAGAUUGGAUGUAGAUUUUACCCACCUUAUUGAUGCAUGUGUGGACAAAGCAAAAGUAGAAGAAAGUGAACAAAAAGCAGCAGAAUUUUCCAAAAAGUUUGAUGAAGAAUUCACGGCUCGACAGGAGGCACAGGCUGAACUUCAGAAACGAGAGGAGAAAAUCAAAGAGCUUGAAACAGAAAUCCAGCAGCUACGAACCCAGAGUCCAUUACUUCCAACUGGUCAGCCUACAUCAGGGUCUCCUCCUCUACUACCACCACCACCACCACCUCCCUUACCUGGUGGAAUCCCACCUCCCCCUCCCCCUCCUCCUCCUUUGCCUGGAGGAAGUGUACCUCCGCCACCGCCUCUGUUUGGUGGCCCUCCACUACCACCGCCUCUCGGGGGCAUACCACCUCCUCUAGGAGCUCCGGCAUCCCUGCCUUAUGGAAUGAAGGAGAAGAAAAAGUAUCAACCUGAGGUCUCUAUGAAGAGAAUCAACUGGUCAAAGAUUGAACACCAGGAUAUAUUGGAAAACUGCUUUUGGUUAAAAGUUAGAGAGGAUAAAUUUGAAAAUCCAGAUCUGUUUGCAAAACUGGCGCUUACCUUUGGUACACAGAUGAAAGCUAAAAAGGCAGUAGAUGAUACAGAAGAAAAGAAAGUAGUUCUGCCAAAGAAACGAGUUAAAGAAUUAAGAAUCUUGGAUGGAAAAACAGCACAGAAUCUGUCAAUCUUUCUGGGAUCUUUCCGAAUGCCUUAUGAAGAAAUAAAAAAUAUUAUUUUAGAGGUGGAUGAAAAGAAGCUGAGUGAAUCCUUGAUUCAGAAUUUGGUGAAGAAUCUUCCUGAACAGAAAGAACUCAGUGCCUUAGCCCAGUUAAAGCAUGAAUAUGAUGAUCUCUGUGAGCCAGAACAGUUUGGAGUUGUGAUGAGCUCAGUGAAAAUGUUAUGGCCUCGCCUCAAUGGCAUCCUUUUCAAGCUUAUGUUUGAGGAACAUGUAAACAACAUCAGACCUGGCAUGAUGGCAGUAACACUAGCCUGUGAGGAGUUGAAGAAGAGUGAGAGCUUUAAUAGGUGGUUAGAGCUAGUGUUGUUGGUUGGAAACUACAUGAAUUCCGGCUCAAGAAAUGCCCAAUCGCUGGGGUUUAACAUCAGCUUUCUUUGCAAGAUUAGAGAUACUAAAUCAUCAAAUCAAAAAACAACACUCUUGCAUUUUCUGGCUGAAAUCUGUGAAGAGAAUUAUCAGGACAUCUUAAAAUUCACAGAUGAACUGGAACACGUUGAGAGUGCAAGCAAAGUUUCAGCUCAAAAUCUCAAGAGCAACCUUGAUUCAAUGGAACUUCAGAUCCAGCAUCUAGAAAAUGACAUAACGAUGUUCCCUAAAUCAGAAGAUGCACAUGAUAAAUUUGUGGAAAAGAUGACCAGCUUUGCUAAGAGUGCCCGAGACCAGUAUGAAAAGUUGUCCAACAUACAUAACAACAUGACCAAGUUAUAUGAGAAUUUGGGAGAGUACUUUAUCUUUGAUCCCAAAGCAACAACUAUAGAGGAAUUUUUUGGUGAUCUGAGCAACUUCCGAACUAUGUUCUUGGAGGCACUGAAGGAAAACAACAAGAGAAGAGAAAUGGAGGAGAAGAGCAAAAGAGCCAAGCUGGCAAAAGAGAAAGCUGAACGAGAGAGACUAGAGCGGCAGCAGAAGAAGAAGCAGCUGAUUGAUAUGAACAAAGAGGGUGAUGAGACAGGAGUGAUGGAUAAUCUGCUCGAGGCCCUGCAGUCAGGGGCAGCCUUCCGGGAUCGCAGGAAACGAACACCAAGAAUUCAGGGUAUUGGUUUUGAAGUGACUCAAGGAAGAGUGGAGCAAACCCAUAACUUUUCAAACACACAAAAUAUAUAAAUUAUUGUUACUUUGAAUCUAUCUCUUAUUAAAAUUUAUGGCAACAUACAUUGUAUUUUGUAAUUUUCUAGUUUUAUCUUGUCUUAUAGCAAAAAUAGUAUUUUAAUAAAUCAGAUUGUUUAAAAUGACUUCUUUACGCACGGCAAAAUCAAGCUCUUAUGAGUCAGAUCCAUGCGGAGAUUUUGGAAAAGAGGUAUUAGUGGCAAAUUGGGGAAUACAUCUUACCACUCCAUGGUAAAAGAGUAAAAUGAGCCCACGCUCACCCCAUUAGUUCUGAUCCUGCAGUUAGAGCCUAUAGACAGACUUCUUGGGACUUACUUUUACAUCCAUACGUAAUAUAUAACUUUUGGGGCUAUCUGAGUGCAAGAAUGCAUUUUAUCUCAAAGGAAGAGGUAGCCAGGAAUAUUACCACUGUUUUCUUCACAUCCUAUUCCUGACUGCCCACAUAGGGCUUAGGACUUCAAAUUACCACUACUGUUCUAUUUUGCUCUGAACUAUCAGUGCAAAACCAUCAUUGUCAUUUUAGACUCAGCAUAGUCU